AUGUCUUACGAGUGCACAAAUAUGAAUAAAGCGUAUAAGACUGAGAUACUAAAGAGUGCUGAAUUGCGCUUGCGCAGCUUUUCUACAAUUUUCGCUCAAUCAUAUUCUGAAGCUCACAGAGAGAUGAUCUGCAUUGAGAGCCAAUAUUUUAGUCUCAACAGGACUCUUCUGAUCGCUGUUGGUUUGUGGCCCUACAAACAAUCAAAAUUCGUUCGUCUUCAAUUCAUCUUUUUCCUCAGUACUUUGACAAGCGCUAUUUUAUUUCAAUUUACCGCGCUUUUAACUGUCAAUCAUACUUCCGAUUAUGUCGUUAAAAUUCUUUCUACUGCAUUUUUCUUUACUCUCUUCGUAAUAAAAUAUAUCUCAUUUGCUGUUAAUAUCGAAAAUGUAAAGUAUUUACUGACGCAACUUCAACAUAUAUACAACAAUAUAAAAGAUGAAUAUGAGUAUGUUAUUAUAGAAAAGUAUAGCUACAAU